AUGCCUGUCACCACGUACACCGAGGACGACCUCGUCGACCAGUACGACGAGUUCGAGGGCGACGACGACGAGCUGAGCCCCGAGGACAAGGUGGCCAUGAGCGAGGCCACCGCCGCGGUGCAGCAGGUCCUCGGCGACCAGGUCACGGUCGCGCAGAUCCAGGAGGCGCUAUGGCACUACUACUACGACGUCGACAAGUCGGUCGCAUACCUGCGGCGGACGUUCAUCUCGCCCCCGAAGCCGGCACCCAAGAAGGUGGAAGCACCCAAGAAGCCAGAGGCCGCACCCAAAAAGGCAGAGGCCGCACCCAAGAAGCCAGAGGGUAAGUCGGGCGAAUUCUCCUUUUCUGACGCACUCGGCCUGUUUGUGCGCGCCGGACGGGGGCGGGACACGGGCGACGCGCUGCGCGACUUCGACGACAUGCCCUGGAUGAACGUGCCGCGGCACCGCUUGGCGACCAUGGUCCCGCCGCCGCGACUGGGCGGCCUGCUCGGCGGCGGCGAGCCCAAAAUGUCCAAGCUGCAGGCACUGGCCGCGGCGCGCAAGAAGAAGACGGAGACGGCGCAGGCGGAGAGCGGCAUGAAGCGGCUGUCCAUUACGGACACGGAGCCGUCCAAGCGGCAAAAGAACUGGCCGCUACCUCGACCGCCGCUUGAGCAGCCGGCCCAGGCAUCACCAGCUCAAGAAUCGGAGACCCAAGCAGCAGAAGAAACAUUGGAAGCCCAAGCACCGGCCGCCCAAACGCCAGACGCGCAAGCACCGUCAUUAACGGCGCAGUCCCCGGCAUCUCGGCCCGAGUUCGCAGCGCCGCCCGCCCCCCAGCCGUCCGCGUUUGCGCGCGCGCUCUUCGGACCGCCACCGCGCAGCAGGCCCGAGGUGUUUGCCAUGCCCUACGCGUCUGCCCUUUCAGCCGAGGCGUUUGCCCAGCCGAGCCCCGACGACGUCGUGCUGGCCGCCCAGGCAAAAGCGGGCAAGCCGAAAAAGGAGCCGGCCAAGGCCAAGGACGUCGCCGAGGGCGUCGCCAAGCUCCAGGUCGACGUCCCUCCGCCCAAGAGCAAGGGGCUCGACGUGGUUAAGGAGUUUGAGAGCAGCGACAGCAAGCGGAGCACGAGCUUCGUGGUCGUUGGACACGUCGACGCCGGCAAGAGCACGCUCAUGGGCCGGUUGCUGGUGGAGCUCAAGUACGUGGAGCAGCGGACCGUCGACAAGUACCGGCGGCAGGCGGAAAAGUCGGGCAAGCAGUCGUUUGCGCUGGCGUGGGUCAUGGACCAGGGCAGCGAGGAGCGCGACCGCGGCGUGACGAUUGACAUUGCGACGAACCACUUUGAGACGGAGAGGACCAAGUUUACGAUACUGGAUGCGCCGGGCCACCGCGACUUUGUGCCCAACAUGAUUGCCGGCGCCAGUCAGGCCGACUUUGCCAUCCUCGUCAUCGACGCCAACACGGGGGCCUACGAAAAGGGGCUCAAGGGCCAGACCAAGGAGCACGUGCUGCUGCUGCGGAGCCUGGGCGUGCAGCGGCUGAUUGUCGCCGUCAACAAGCUCGACAUGGUGGGGUGGUCGCGGGACCGCUUCAACGAGAUUGCCGAGCAGGUCGGCGGCUUCCUGACGGGGUUGGGGUUCCAGGAAAAGUCCGUCACAUUUGUGCCGAUAUCCGGGCUCAGCGGCGACAACGUCGGGCGCAAGAUCGAGGACCCGGCGGCGUCAUGGUACGGCGGGGCGACGCUGAUGGAGGCGCUGGAGGAGGCGGUGCCGACGUCGACGCGGGCGCUGCGGAAGCCGUUCCGGAUGGGCAUCUCGGAGGUGUUCCGGUCGGCGCAGGGCACGGCGACGCUGGCGGGCCGGGUGGACUCGGGGACGGUGCAAGUGGGCGACUCGGUGCUGGUGCAGCCGAGCGGCGAGGCCGGCUACGUCAAGUCCAUCAUGGCGGAUACGGAGGGCCGGGAGUGGGCGGUGGCCGGGCAGAGCGUCACGGUGGCGCUGACGAGCAUCGACCCGGUGCACAUCCGCGUGGGAGACAUCCUGUGCGAGGCCAAGAACCCGAUCCCCUGCGACGACACGUUUACGAUGAAGGCUAUGGCCUUUGAGCACGUCAUGGUGAUGCCGGUGGACCUACACCGCGGGCGGCUGCACGCGCCGGGGCAGGUGCAGACAAUCCUGGCGACGCUGGACAAGGCGACGGGCGCCGUGAUCAAGAAGAAGCCCAAGGUCGUGCAGCCGGGGGCAGUCGCGCGCCUGGUGAUUAAGCUGGCGGCCAAGGUGCCGCUGGAGGCCGGGCAGCGGGUGGUGAUUCGCAGCGGCGGCGAGACGAUAGCCGCGGGGCUGCUGGAGUAG